UUGGUUGAACGUCACUCACAUCGCUGAUAAUAAUUGCAGUGCCAUUUCAAAAACAGUUUUAAGUUUUCUGAUCGUAUCAUUCGAAUCUGCCUUUUGUUUGAUACAUUGCUGAGAUCGUUGAGUACUAAAUACAACUUAUAGGCCUACUUUACCGAGAAUGUCAGAGGUAACUGUUUUUGUAGAGCCUGAAGCGGAAUCAGGUGUCACAGAGGCUGGGGCUGCUGUAGAGCCAAAGGCCGAAGCAGAGACGGAUUUUUCUGAUUCAUUUACCGAAGCCGAACCAGAAUCAGAAGAUAUUCCACCGGCGGCAAUACUGAUCCCACCUCUGAGCUUGAUAUUUGUCGUAAUAAGUGCUCUGCUGUUCUUGAUGGUUGGGGCUAAGAUCAGUCAAUAUAAAUUGCGAAAAGAGCGACAGCGAGAAGAGAAGAAUCUGAACGUAGGAAAUAACUUAUUUGUGGAUAACAUAAGACGUUUAGGCUUUCUAUCUGCUUCUGAUUACGAUGCUAUGGAUGGUUUGCGGAGACACUACAACCAGCCACUCGCUCUUGUGCUCAUUGCUCUACCGGCCAUCAUGUCACUGGCUUUCUGCCCAUUGAUCCUCUUCAUACGCUCACCACUCAUUGCAAUGUUCUGGGGCGAUAGCAAUAGUAUGCCGAAUAUCAAUGAUGCUAUAGCAUGCUUCUUGGCACCCGCCGGUCUUGUUUACGCAGUGUCGUUUGGUUUCACAUUUCAAUCAGUUUUGGAGAAACAGAAGGUUAUUCUUGACGCUGUCUCUUUGGAGAUAGGAUUUCUCGAUCAAAUCUUGUCACUGACAGCGCAGCUUCCCAAUGCGACCCUUCAAGAAAAAAAGAAGGUGUGCUUAUGUGUGAAGGAUGAGACAAUCUCGAUCAUGGAGCAGAUCCAAGGCAAGCGAGGACUAAGCAUCUCUGACUACAAGUCCAACACGUCCUCUGGUCAAAUAUGGAAGGUAAUGGGGAUUCUGCGAUCGAAUGUGCAGGAUAAACACCUAAGUGUUGAUAAUCUGAUUAUGGAUCAUAUAAUUUCCAACAUCAUGGAAUUAAACAAGUGGGGAUCUGAACGUCAGCAGGCGUUAGCCUUCAAAGUGCAUCCUCUACAAUGGUCAUUUCUGGAAGUAGUCGGCUUCUUCUCUUUCUUUGGCGUCAUGCUUAUCGAGACACAAUCGCCCGAGAUGAACUUGACGAUGUGCAUUCUGACCGUAUUCUCAAUCACUCUACUUUGCUAUGUAGUCGCUGAUCUCGACUCGCCGCUUAAUGGCUAUUUCCGCGUGGAUUUAAGUCUUCUCUGGGACCUGGUGGACAAGACAAAGGACAUCUACGAGAGCGCCAACAAUGGCAUAGACAUCCUGCACACCACGUAUUCCUACACGACUGCUAACAAGCCCACCAAGAAGGAUUUAGCCAUUCUCGCUUUCACCAAUAAACCUCUGCACCCAUGUUACGUCCCAACUACUGGUACCUGUUGAAGAGGGCGCCUUUACAUAUUUAAUGUAUUUAAUAUGGAGGGGUGCCUAGAUUUAAUUGAUAGCUUUAUAACCAUUCAUAUCUGACUGAAAUCGGUAAAUUUAAUAUAUAUAGGGCCUAUAU